AUGCGCGGCACAGGGGACCCGAUCACCGUCACCCGCGUGCUAUUUACGGCGGGCACCGCUGCUGCCUUGGACAGCUGCAGCGCCGCGGGCGGAUCGCGAGGGAAGAGAGCUGCAGCUGGCUCGUCUAGUGGAAAUAAGAAGAACAACAGUUUGUGUUCUGGCUCGUCAGGUAGUUGUAACAGUAUUGCAGCCGGCACAACAGAAGGCACUCCUGGUCGUGGUACUACUAGUGGGAACGCGAACAGCAAAGCAGGCACAGUCAACGGAACAAACACAAAUUCAACGAAAGGGUCUUCAACCUCGAGUACUAGCAGCAAUAGUACGAACAACAAGCACCCCGCCUCUACUGCUAAAAAUCCCCUGCCGAUCGAGAAUACGAAGACCGUGCAGCAGCAGAUCCGCGAGGCCAUCAGCAGUAAGCAAAACAGCCGUAAGAGCAAAGCGGCCAAGAAAGCUGCGACGGAGCGGAAGAACAAUAAAGAGAGCAAUCUCCGAAACAAGAGUACUAAGGGGAAGAACGGUGGAGGUGGCACAGCAACUACUUCAACAUUAUCUAGCGGAAACAAGAGCAAAAGCCGCGGAGGAAAACAAGGCACCCAUAACCGAUCUGCUUCAGUUUCCACCUCCAGCUCUUCAGAAGAGAGAACGACCGACAGCUCGGACGUAUCCACGAGAAAGCACCCAUCCCCAUCCAAUGAUUUGUCAUGCAAAACAUGCAAAAAAUACUGUGUUUGUCAUGCAGAAAUUCAAUGAGGAUGCGAUGGGUGUUUAUUUUUCCUGUAUAGGACGAGGAUCAUUCGUACUCGGAUGGUUCGGAGGAGGCAUUAUGCAAUACAAAUUUCCCGUACAUGUACAAGGUGCAUCACAAAUUUCCCCAAUUUCAAGUGUGAAACUUGUCAUGCUAAACUAGGAUCGAAGCCAAGUUUUGCCAUGCAGAGACCGCAUUUGUACGUGUGCGGGAAGUUCACUGUGGAUAGGCAUGGCUGUACGAGCAUGACGAGAUGUUUUUUCAGGACUAUCAAAAGCAAAUAUGUCUGGGUCUGGAAAGUUGGAAUCUGUCAUGCUAGCUCCACAUUCGUGGGAGAUCUGUAUUGCAUAACCGACAAAAGUGGCAGCCAUUUUUGUGAUGCAAAAACGCAGUUUCUCAUGCGGACUACCUAUGAGAAAGCGUUCUGGAAAGUUGUCAUGCUAGGCUGCUUGUGCUAGCUUUCCAAAAUGUUUCCAUCAUCCACAUUUUAGCAUCACAAGUUUCCAGACGCAGACCCAGACACAUUUGCAAUGCAUAAGGACACUUGCGCCACGAUCCGCGCCCGCAUGCGGCAAGUGUAUGCCCCCUCGAGCCCCGAGUCGCAGAACUUCCUCGAGACCAUUGUGUCCGGCGAGGGUGAGGGCGAUCUGCAGGUGCUCUGGUCCACCUCGACGCGGCCCGGCGAAGAGAAGGUGGUAGAGCGCAAGCGACCGCCCUUCGGCAGCGGGCGGAGCCCCCGGCAGAAGCAGAAGGACCGAGAGCGGACGAAACUGGAGCUGGAACAAAUCAGUUGCAGAUCAUCGAGUGGUCCUUCUGCAAUCGACGUUCUCAGAGCGGAGGACAAGAGCGACGCAAAUUCAACAACAUCCUGCAGUAGGAACGAAGAUUUUCCGUUGCUGGCCGUUCUGAAUCGAAGAGACGAAUGCGACAAGACGUCGAAAAACGCCGUUGCUAGUAGCGAAUCUUGUUCGAAGACUUCAUCACACGACUUCAUCGCCAGCACGCUACGCCGGCACGCCGAGGAGGCGCAGGACUCAGAAAUGCUGCGGAAAAAACUUUUCGGAGGGACGAGUGAAGCAGAGCAGCAGAUUGUCGCGCAAGAAGGGGUCGUGUCGAGUACAACAUUUGGAACGACGAGCGGCACUGCUGCAGACAGCAAGAAACCAGGCACGAGUACUACCUCCUGUGCU